CACUUUUAUGCCAUGGUCAAACAAUCAUUCAGAGUACUGGCAUAAAGCAAUUCUUUUGAGAUCAAUAUGGCUCCAGGAGAAUGGGAGUUCAUAGAGGAAUUAGGAAGAGGAGCUUUCGGUGCGGUCUUUCUUUUUCAAGAGAGUGAAACUAAAAAUGCUUUGGCCGUAAAAGUAUGUGUACAUUCAACUGUUCAUCCGAAAAUGAAAGAAAGAUGGGAACAUGAAAUUAGAACUCUCUUAGAGCUUGAUCAUUCCAAUGUUGUGAAAGCAGUAGAGCUUCCAGAUUUAAUAAAAGAAAGAUUUGCGACUUCAGCUGUUCAACCCCUUUGUAUGGAAUACUGUGAGAAAGGGAAUUUGAGAACCUAUUUAAAGAAAUGUACUUUAGGAUCAAAAAUGAAAGAAGAAGAAGUAAUUCACUUAACUCGAGAUAUUGGAUCUGCUAUUACAUAUUUACAUAGUAAAGGGAUAGCUCAUCGGGAUAUUAAACCAGAUAAUAUUGUCUUAAAAGGGAAGAAUACCACAAAAAAUGAACCAUACUUGUUCAAACUUAUUGAUUUAGGAUUUGCAAAAGAAGUUGGAAUGAACGAAGGAGUUCAUUCAAGAGUAGGAACGCCUAAAUACCUCCCUCCUGAAAUAUCCGAAACAAAAAGAAAAUGUAAAUAUUCGACUAGAGUUGACUACUGGAGUUAUGGAUGUGUUAUCUUUGAAGUUAUAACAGGAUCUCUUCCAUUUUUAAAAAGUGACAUAAGAGCAAAAAGUGACAAACAUAUUUGCUCUCGUUCAGAUCUAAACGGUUGUUCUGUUUUCGAAGAGACUAUAAAAUCUAGAUAUUUUCCCAACUAUUGUUACCCGUGGGCAAUUGAACACCUGGAAAAUAUGUUAAGAUUACUCCUACGGGCAGAAGAAUCUAAUCGAGGAGGCAAGGCGUACGUUAAUGAUUCUUACGAGUGGAUGGAGGAAUUAGACAUAUUAUCCAAUUAUAUUAGAAUAUAUUUACUUGAUAUUUGUACUAUGAAAGAAUUUUCCUACGGCUUUCCAGCUAACGCAAAAAUGAAUGAUAUUAUUGAUAAAAUACAAGAGGAUAUUUCGGCCAUUGUUGGUAGUAAAUUCGAAAUAAUUGAUGUAACCGGCUGUCUAAUAACUAAAGAAAGAGACUUUUCAUUCUAUACUAAAGAUAAUAAAACAUAUUGCAAUUGGUUUCUAUCUUAUGAAAUACGUACAAAGUUUAGACCAAAUACUCCUGAAAUACCGGAACAUCUUGGAAAAAUCAUCAAAUCACCAUCUGCCUAUCGACCUACAGAAGAAAUUAAACUGGCGUGGCAGCAAAGUAUCUAUUUUUGCAAUUGUUUGCAGUUAAAAUGCAAUAGGAUGUGUGACGGAAUAGUCGUCUAUAUAAAAAGCCUUGAAAUGAAGAGACUGAAAUUAAUUGAAGGUUACAAACUAUUGGAUGACAUAGCUCUAGAGUUCAAAGGCUUUAGAACACUUUACGAAAUUAGUUAUAAAGCUGAUUUAAAGCAUUUAGAAAAGUUUGUUAAAGUCAAUGAAAGAAGACGUUUAGAAUUUCUUAAAGCUCAAGAAAAAUGGUCUGAUGGGUUUAAAUAUAAUUUUGAUAUUAUUGACAAAUGUAUCAAGAAACUUGAAAUAUUUCGCAAGGAAAAGAAUGUAAAGUUAAAUAAAAUGAAAGAGAAAAUUAACGAAUUAGCUAUCCGAUAUACGUCAAUACCAAAGAAGACAAAAUACUUUUACGCGGAGGAAGUAUCGAAAAAAUUCCAAGAAUUGAAAGUUAUGGAUUUUACAACUAAUGCCAAGAAUUUAGUUGAUAUUUUCGAAAAACCUAAAGAAAAUUUCAAUGCUUUAUUAAAAGCUUUUAGAAAUUUUGCCAUCUCCAAAGAUAAAAACGAUAUCUCAAAAGAACUCUCAUCAAAUCAAAAGUUAUUACAAAAUGAAUAUAAUCAUAUUCAACAAGUUAUGGAACUAAUGCGUCAAGAGCAAGAAAAUAGACAAUUCAACAUCUGGCAACUUAUGGAAUCUUCUGAUAAUCCAUUACCAUUAAUGUAUCCUGAUUUAGAUGAUGAAGAAAGGAGUUUACAACAUUUUGAGGAAAGUCUAAAACGCAGCGAAAUAGAACUCGAGUCAUUAGGAAAAUCAUUAAAUUAUGAAUCAUUGAAGCCUACGACAGACUGGAGUUUCUUGAAUGAGUAA